AUGGCUGAUCAUGACGAAGCGAAUGAGCGCGAGGAGCGUCUCAAAUCCGCUCUGUGGUACACAAUUGGACAAUUCGUCGAUAAUGAAGGCGCAGAAGAUUUCAACGCGACCCCACAAUUCAUCGGAGCCUUGACAGAGCUCGUCUACACGCAGAUUCAGAAUGCUGCCAAAGACCUCGAGUUGUUCUCAAAGCAUGGCGGGAGAAAGGUCAUCAAUGGCGAUGAUGUUAUGCUCUUGACGAGGCGCAACGAGGCGCUCGAGGAGACGCUGAAGAGGGAGCUGGAUCGGAUGAGGGCUGCGGAUGGACGAGGAGAGGAACAACGGCCGAAGAAGAAGGGGAGGCCAACUGGGAUGGGUGCGAGGGGCAAGGGGAAGGCAUAG